CAACAUUUGUGCACAAGUGUCAAAAGCCGUCAUUUGGAUGGCUGUAAUUUAGUUCUUUAAAAAUAUUGAAUAAUCGAAGUUUUAUUACAUUAUACGUCGUGAGAACGUUGUUUAAGUGGUUAUCCAGACUAUUCGUGCCGAGACCGUUUCCCAGGAAACAGUGGAAUCCUGAACCAAACCAGUUACUGAUUGGAAAAAUCACGGUGAUCAAAAGUGGUUGUGUGUACAGAAAGUAAAUGAACAAAAUGACAACGUGUAACUUAUGACGUAAUCAUCUCUGAAGUCUUCCCUCGCCCAAGACUGAGCCUGUGAUAGCCGCCGACCGACAAUAAUAGUUGCCAGUAUAUGGACACACGUUGUAUAACUACACUUCUGUAAAUCUCGGUGGUCGAUGCCCGGUAGGACGGCGAACGGGCCAACCGUCAUGUCGGCCCCGGCGCGACACCCCCACUUCUACACCGUCGAGGUCGGCGACACGAGGUUCACCAUCCUCAAGCGAUACCAGAACCUCAAACCUAUCGGCUCAGGAGCGCAGGGUAUUGUCUGCGCCGCGUACGACACGGUGACGCAACAGAAUGUGGCGAUCAAGAAGCUGUCGCGCCCCUUCCAGAACGUCACUCACGCUAAACGCGCCUACCGGGAAUUCAAGCUCAUGAAACUUGUUAACCAUAAAAAUAUAAUUGGCCUCCUAAACGCUUUCACACCCCAGAAGAGCCUGGAGGAGUUCCAGGACGUGUACCUGGUGAUGGAGCUGAUGGACGCCAACCUCUGCCAGGUUAUCCAGAUGGACCUGGACCACGAGCGGAUGAGCUACCUGCUCUACCAGAUGCUGUGCGGCAUCAAGCACUUGCAUCUUGCCGGGAUCAUUCACAGGGAUCUUAAGCCCUCAAACAUCGUGGUAAAGAGUGACUGCACUCUUAAAAUCUUGGACUUCGGGCUGGCGCGCACCGCGGGCACCACGUUUAUGAUGACGCCAUACGUCGUCACGCGCUAUUACCGCGCGCCAGAGGUGAUCUUAGGCAUGGGCUACACAGAGAACGUGGACAUCUGGUCGGUGGGCUGCAUCAUGGGCGAGAUGAUCCGCGGCGGCGUCCUCUUCCCCGGGACGGACCACAUCGAUCAGUGGAACAAGAUUAUAGAGCAACUGGGGACGCCUUCAGCGGCGUUCAUGGCGCGCCUGCAGCCGACAGUGCGGAACUACGUGGAGAACCGUCCGCGCUACGCCGGCUACUCCUUCGAGCGGCUGUUCCCCGACAUACUGUUCCCGUCCGACAGCAACGAGCAUAACCGGCUCAAGGCGUCGCAAGCGCGCGAUCUGCUCUCGCGCAUGUUAGUGAUCGACCCGGAGCGACGCAUCUCUGUCGACGAGGCGCUACUGCAUCCCUACAUCAACGUGUGGUACGACGAGGGAGAGGUCAACGCGCCGGCUCCCGCGUCGUACGACCACUCGGUGGACGAGCGCGAGCACACGGUGGAGCAGUGGAAGCAGCUCAUCUACCAGGAGGUGGUGGAGUACGCCGCGCCGCCGCCGCCGCCGCCGCCCGGCCACCCGCCGCCCGACCACGCGCAGCCCGCGCUCACCACAUAGGUUUCGACCGAAUUGACCGCCGAUGCAUCCACGAGUAUAGUGCAAGGACAAUUUUCUACAGGCGACGCGACCUUGAACGAUUGUCGCCCCGGCGGGAAAGUCAUGUGAUCGAAUAUAACCUGUUACAUACAAUAACUAACUGCGUACAUGUAUAUAUUUAUUGUGGGAAUGUUAUACGUGCAAUACUCGACGGAAUGAAAUAAGUGCAAAGUAAUUAAAUUGAUUUGACUCGUUCAUGCUCCUGUGUACAGAGCAUGAACGUAUCAGAGACGUCAUCAAAGAUUAAGGCAGCGUAACAAAUAAUAAUCUGUAGAUUAGCUGAGUAAGUUUGUAACCUAUUAAGUACCCGUUUGUUUGUUUUGAACCGGUUGUCAUCUUGCUAUUCCUUGUAGUUUCUUCCUGUAAUAAUCUUAUGAUAAUACUAGCGUAGGUAAGUAUUUUAUUUUACAGAAAUUGUAAAUGCUUUUUAAUGUUAAGCUCAACAAUUUUACAUUGGUUCCUACCCGCCCGACCCCGAUUCGAAAUUCAGACGUUAAUUUCCAUCAAGGAGUGCCUUUUGCGGAAUGCUAAAUGAAAGUUGGUGAUUUUCAGCUUAUGGACUGACUUUGAUAUGUUGGAUAUUUUUGUAUGGGAAUACAUAAAAUAAAAAUAAUUGACGACAGAUGUGAUUUCCUAAUAAUAUAAAAUCAUGCAAUAUUUUUGUCUAUGAAUUUUUAUUUUAUUUUUUAUUUUUAAUAUACUUAACAUAUUGGACUAUGAUAAUAUUGAUAAUGGAAUAUAAAUAACAAUUUAAUCUGAAGUUGAGCUUGAUCUGUGUUGUCGUAUUCGUUUUGUAUGAUUUUACUUUACAUAUUUUAAAUAUUUUCAUGUUGUUAACGCAAACUCAUCACUAUUGCAAAUUAAUUUCUCUAUUUCCAAAAUGUCAAUAUUUCAACGACUUCGCAUAACAAGUUUUUUGUAAUUCCGCGCUAUCCCUGACUGUUAUUUGCCAGCGGAAUGUUUCUAAGAAUUUGCAAUAGUGAAUGUAGGCAUAAAUUAUAUGUGAUUUCGAACAUGUAUGAUUUGUUCUUAGCCAUAAACAGCGUCAAAUGGUUACUUGGGAUUUUGUGAUGUUCAUAGUUUUUCGUAAUUAGUCCCUAGUUAAGUUGUUGAUAAUAUUGUAUUGACUGUAUUGAAUAUUGAAAGUAGUUCAAUAAGUACAUUUCUACCUAAGUAGUAUUUUAUAGGUCACCUCACACGUUGCGGCCGAGGACUGAAACAAAUACGUAAAUAAUCAAGCAAGCGUUAUAAAAUAUGCCGGCUGUAUGUAUCAAGCGUUACCAUAGUCAAACAUGUUUUUUUUAUAAUUCAGCGUGGCUUAACGUGUGAGGGCGUCGUAGGGUAUUGUUUGAAACCUCACUAGGUGAUAUAAUAUAAAUUAAGGAUAAAGAAUGAUGAUAGUCUUACCGGGUGGUUUCAGCGAAUAGCACAAUUUAUUAGCUAUAGAAUAAAGCUGGGCGGUAACAGAGUCGAGACGUAACGUCAGUUUGUAUAACCAUUAAUGAUACAAAAGCAAUAAUACAUUCUAAUUACUUUCGUAUUCUUCGAGCGGUCGUACGUCAGUUACAUUCAUUAUUUCGGCAAUUAAAACAUAUCACGAGCGACACAAUAGAUUGACGACUAAUGACGACGUAGUGAUUGCUCCGGCUUCUUUCAAUGUUACUUUACUUUGGUUCCAUGGAAUUAUAGGUUACACAAAACUAAAAGACUGUAAAUUAACGCGUCUGGGACAGGAAACGUGUAAUUAAAGUGUUAAAUAAGGUCAAUUGUGUUACCUAUAAUAGAACAAAUAGAGCUAAGAUAUUGUCAAUACCUUCAACCCUCCUGGCUUAACUCUUAUACUUUCAACACGAAAAACCUAAGUCACAAGACCUCACGGGAAAGUUUAUAAUAGGUAAUUAUAGUUGUAUAGGUUUUUAGUGUUGCAAGCAUAGGACCGAGUAUCGUAGAUAAGAUGACGGGGUACGUAAAUAAUAAAUGUAUUGACAAUAUGUAAUGCAGGUUACCAAUUCACGAUUAUCAUAAAGCGAAAAAUAUUGAAACUAUGUGAAAGUAUACAAUUACAAAAAAAAAUUAAUAUUAAGAGUAAACCUGUAAAUAAAUAAAUAAAUCUAUAGUCUAAAUGGAACGAAAGUGAAGAACAUCUAUUUAAAGGACAUUACGUUUGUCACUAUUAUAGUUAUAAAGUUCACAACUGUACGUCCAAAUUGUCCAUUUAUAUGUUAAAAUGUACCUAAUACAAAUUACAAUAAUGUAAUCAUUAGAAUGUAUUUUAGUACACUUGGUAAACAAGGUUUAAGGUAGUCGCAUGUUGAGACGCGAGCCGCGUGUGGCUUGUAGCGGUAUACAUACUUGAGUUAACACUUCGAUGACUAUCUAAAACAACUUAUUUUUACUGUACACGUAAGUUAUUUCAUAUUUUAACUGAAUAAAAUCAAAAUGGUUAUUAUA